CAGCAGUGGUGUUUGCUGAACUCGUGCUGAGUCCAACAGCUUCAGAGACUACAACAAUGAGCAGGCAUGUCCGGGUAGCUCCAAGUUUACUUCUGUGAAACUGCCCGAAAUAUUCACUCGAUGUGCUCAUUGGAGGUUUCCAAAAGCACUGUGUUAAAUGGAGCUAGAGGACCAAUGGUGGCAAGGACAACUCGCUGCAGAUAUUUACCAGGCGCUGCGAUACAAAGAGCUCAAGUUGCCCUCCUACAAAGGCCAGUCCCCCCAGCUCAACUUGAGACGAUACUUUGCAGACCUCAUAGCCAUUGUCAGCAACCGCUUCAGGCUGUGUCCUGCAGCCAGACACCUGGCCGUCUACCUGCUGGACCUUUUCAUGGACCGCUAUGAUGUCACAGUGCAACAGCUUCACAUGGUCUCACUGUCGUGUCUUCUUUUGGCCAGUAAAUUUGAGGAAAGGGAGGAUCGGGUGCCUAAGCUGGAGACCCUGAACAGUCUGGGCUGCAUGAGCUCCAUGAACCUGGUUCUGACCAAGCAAGGUUUACUUCACAUGGAGCUGCUCCUGCUGGAAACCUUCCAGUGGAACCUGUAUCUCCCUACAGCUGCUCAUUUCAUAGAGUACUACCUGUCUAUUGCCGUCCAUGAGGAAGACCUCCAUGAUGGCUGGCCAAUGACUCUACUGGAGAAGACCAAAAUAUACAUGGCCAAGUAUGCGGAUUACUUCCUGGAGGUUUCCUUGCAAGAUCAUGUGUUUCUGUGUUUUGCCCCCUCGCUGGUGUCCGCUGCAUGUGUGGCCACCUCCCGCCUUGUCCUCCACCUGUCCCCUACAUGGCCACCCCGACUGCAGCGUCUUACAGGGUAUACAUGGGAGAACCUGGUCCCAUGUGCCGAGAAACUUCUCAUUGCACAUGAUAGUGACGUCAAAGAGGCCAACAAGCAGAAGUGCCAGAAACCCGGCCAGCAGCAGACGCAGGGCCAGGCGGUGUACCACAGUUCAGGCCAGACAGCCACUGUGGCCCAGUACCUGCACCGGCCCAGCGUGCAGUACCCCCAACAGGCUCCGCAGCCGGGCCUGGCUCCUAACCACAGGCCGGCCUCCUACCUCAGCCACUCUGCCGCCAGCCUGCAGGCUCCUAAUGGGCCCCAGCAUGGCAACACCCAGGCCAUCACUUCCUCGCAGGAUCCAAAGUCCAACGUUCCCAGCAGGGCUUACCAAGUCAGCAUGCACUACACCUGUGCUGCCCCUUGCUUUGACAGAUGAUGGAUUUUCAGAUUUUUUGGGGGGAGGAAGUUAAACGAGAUGUGAUCUGUUUCUCUUGAACAAAACGGAAUUCACUGAAGAAAAACGAGUGUUUUUAAUUUGAAAAGACUUGAUGAGA